UUACUACAGUCAGUUCAGUUCACCAAUGUGCAUUUGAGGACAUCGUGCCCAAAAAGAUCCAAAGGAGAAAAAGAAGCCCUGGGGUGCAGCCACUGAUUACCUGGCAGGAAAAGGAAUCACUGAAAUCUCACCAUGUCAGGUAAUGGAACAAAUGCCACUGCAGGGUAUGAUUACUCAGCCUAUUACGACGAGACCAUAAACUUCUCUCCUUGUGACGACGUGGAUCUCAAGGAUUUUGGCCAUGUGUUUCUGCCCACUCUCUACAGUCUGGUUUUUGUCCUUGGCUUUAUAGGUAAUGGCCUUGUGGUGUGCGUUCUGGUGAAAUAUCGCAACCAGACCAACUUGACAGACAUCUGCCUCUUCAACCUGGCUCUCUCCGACCUCCUCUUUGUGCUCACGCUGCCUUUCUACGCCCACUACUCUGCGGUCAGACAGUGGGUUUUCGGAGACUUCAUGUGCCGUUUCAUCUCAGGCUGCCACCACUCUGGCUUCUUCAGCAGCAUCUUCUUCAUGAUUAUCAUGACGCUGGACCGCUACUUGGUCAUCGUGCACACUCACAAGGUGGCACGGUACCGCACUCUGCAAGCAGGAGUCACUCUGAGCAUGUUUGUGUGGCUGCUGAGCCUGUUUGUCUCUUUACCUGCUCUGAUCUUCACAAAGGUCACAGAUGGCCCUGAAGGGCUGGAGUGUAACUACGCCCCAAAUAACAACGCCUGGAAGCUUUACGACAUCUUUGCAACAAACCUACUGGGUCUCAUGAUUCCCUUGGUGGUGAUGGUGGGUUGCUACUCCAGGAUCAUCCUUACUCUGGUGAACAUGAGGAGUGCAAAGAAGAAGCACUGCGUUGUCAGGCUGAUCAUCUGUAUAGUGGCCACCUUUUUCUUGUUCUGGGCCCCAUAUAACAUUUCCAUUUUCUUGAAGUUUCUGCAGUCUCACGGCAAAAUGCCAAAUGGUUGCAAAUUCCACAGAGAUCUAAAGCUGACAAUAACAGUGACCGAGACAUUUGCUUACACUCACUGCUGCCUGAACCCCAUCGUAUACGCCUUUGUUGGGCAGAAGUUCAUGAAACGGGCCGUGCACAUGCUGAGCAAUUGGCUGCCUGGGAUUCACCUUCGCCCCUGCAGUGAUUUGUCAGAAACCUUGUUCAGGAGAAGCUCAGUCACAUCCAAGUCCUCUGUCACCUCCACUGUUAUCAUGUAAGAGGUGGAGGGCAGAUGGAGGCCUGAUAUGUCUUAAGGACAUCAUGAAUGUUUUGCCUUGUUAGUGAUGCAGACCAUGUUAUCCAUCCAUCCAUGGCCAUGUUAUUCAUCAGCAAUGUCUGAUCUUAAAAAGCUGCAUGUACCUGUACAUAGGAUUUUUUUUAGGCCUUUUUGACUUCAUUCGCACUUUUGCAUUUGUUUAUUUGCACUGUAAUGUUUCAUUUUGACCAUAAGAUGUCAGAUGUGUACUCAGGUGUGAGUAUACCAGUGACGUGCAGUCAGGGGAGGCAGGUGAGGCACUGCCUCACCUGCCAUCAUGGAAAAAAAAAAAAAAGUAAAAAGAAAAAAAAAUAAUUAAAUUGUU